CGUUAGCGCAACAACUGAAUUAUUUGCUGUUGCCCAAUCUUCAGUUGUUCGAGGUAUAUUUUGGCUAGAUGAUGUACUACGGACAGUAAAAUUAUGUGUGAUUGAUGCCAGUAGCAAUUUAAGUGUGAAAAGUAUUGGGCUGUUAUCGUUUAAAAGGGCUUUUAAUAAUCAUUUUUGCAUAAUUUGUUCGGCAAUUCGAGAAAUCUUAAAUAUGGAUUGGCAAAAGUGUGUGUUUUAAGCUUUGGAGUAUAAAAGACUUGAGUUGGCGUGCGACGGUGUUGGCAACUAAAACGACGACGUUUUGGCCAGGCAGACGGGCAUCGUCGCAACGGCGAUGUCAUCGACCGGACAAAUAGCAAAGACGUCCACGCCACACGACAACGAUAACGAUAGCAUUAACGAUCAGCGCGAAACAUGGAGCGGCAAGGUGGAUUUUUUAUUGUCGGUUAUUGGAUUCGCCGUCGAUUUAGCAAACGUCUGGAGAUUUCCCUAUUUGUGCUACAAAAAUGGCGGUGGCGCCUUUCUUGUGCCCUACUGCAUUAUGUUGGUUGUGGGGGGCAUACCUCUAUUCUACAUGGAACUGGCCCUGGGUCAGCACAAUCGUAAGGGCGCCAUCACCUGCUGGGGGCGUCUGGUGCCGCUAUUUAAGGGCAUCGGAUACGCUGUUGUGCUAAUAGCUUUCUAUGUGGACUUUUAUUACAAUGUGAUCAUUGCGUGGUCGCUGCGUUUCUUUUUCGCCUCCUUUACCAGUGUGCUGCCCUGGACGUCGUGCAAUAAUCCGUGGAAUACGCCCAACUGCAAGCCGUUCGAGGGCCAGAAUUCGCGCCCGCUGGUUGGCAAUCUGAGCGAUUUCUAUGCGUUCAACAAUCAGAGUCUGUUCUUUGCCAACGAGUCGUAUGCGAAUGUUACAUUUGCCAGCUUGGCACCCGUUGUGCCCGUCGAGAGAUUCCAAUCGGCCGCCUCCGAGUACUUUAACCGCUAUAUACUUGAGCUGAAUCACAGCGAAGGCAUCCACGAUCUGGGCAAAAUCCGUUGGGACAUGGCGCUGUGUCUGCUUAUUGUUUAUCUGAUUUGCUACUUCUCCUUAUGGAAGGGUAUUAGCACUUCGGGUAAAGUGGUCUGGUUUACGGCGCUCUUUCCGUAUGCGGUGCUGCUUAUUUUGCUAAUACGCGGCAUCACCUUGCCGGGCUCUGCCAUGGGCAUACAAUACUAUUUGAGUCCAAAAUUUGAUGCCAUAUUCAAGGCUGAGGUGUGGGUCGAUGCGGCCACUCAGGUGUUCUUCUCCCUGGGACCGGGCUUUGGUGUGCUGCUCGCCUACGCAUCUUACAACAAAUAUCACAACAAUGUCUACAAAGAUGCUCUGCUUACCAGUUUUAUAAACUCGGCCACGAGUUUUGUGGCCGGCUUUGUGAUCUUUUCUGUGCUGGGUUACAUGGCGCACACAUCGGGCGUACGAAUCGAGGAUGUGGCCACCGAGGGUCCGGGUCUGGUGUUUGUUGUCUAUCCAGCGGCCAUUGCUACGAUGCCGGGCAGCAUUUUCUGGGCGCUCAUCUUCUUCAUGAUGCUGCUAACCCUCGGGCUGGACAGCUCGUUUGGUGGAUCGGAGGCUAUUAUCACGGCUUUAAGUGAUGAGUUUCCCAAGAUUAGGAGAAACCGUGAACUCUUUGUGGCCGGGCUGUUCUCGCUGUACUUUGUCGUUGGCUUGGCCAGCUGCACCCAGGGCGGAUUCUACUUCUUUCAUUUGUUGGAUCGCUAUGCCGCCGGCUACUCCAUACUCGUCGCGGUGUUCUUUGAGGCGAUCGCCGUUUCCUGGAUCUAUGGCACAAAGCGUUUUAGCGAUGAUAUCAACGACAUGAUUGGCUUUCCGCCGGGCAUGUAUUGGCAGGUGUGCUGGCGCUUCGUUGCACCCAUUUUCCUGCUCUUCAUCACGGUUUACGGCCUGCUGGGCUACGAGCCGCUCACCUACGGGGAUUACGUGUACCCCAGCUGGGCAAAUGCCUUGGGCUGGUGCAUAGCCGGCUCCUCGGUGAUUAUGAUACCGGCGGUGGCCAUUUACAAGCUCAUUGUUACACCCGGCAGCUGCAGGCAGCGUUUGCGUACUCUCACAACUCCUUGGCGGGAUCAGCAGCUGGCGGCGGUUAAUGGAGUUACCACAGAGGUGACUGUCACACUGGUGCGUCUGGCUGACGGCGAGGCGGAUGAUGCUGCCGAUGUCUGAGUUCGACCGAUUGCACGCUUUCAAGUGUAUUACGUAUAGAUUUGAAAGAGAUUUACCAACAACUUUUACACUAACAUCUACCAUGACAUCAACUUUAACAUCAACUUGAAUGUGUGUGUUUGUAGCCUGACGUCGGCUAGAAUUGAUUUAUGUUUAACUUUCAGCUUGGCUCUUAGGCAACAGGCACCUAGGAAUCUAAUGCAAAUUUCGCAUACAACGUACUUACUUAGGUUUCGACACCAAAGAAAAAAAAAUAAGAAAAAUGUUGUAGCUCAAAACCAUAAGCCUACAGUUAAGAUUAGCCCGUAGUUUCAUGUUGCGCUGCAUUUACACUAAAUACACCCUACUCAUAUAUAUACUACAUAUAAAUAUAUAGUACACAAUAUUAUGCAUACAUAAAGGUAUGUUUGUAUAUUUACCAAAACGCUGUGUAGAUAAUACAGAAAUAUUUAAGUAAACAAAAACGAAAUUGUAAUUGUUAAAUUGAUAUUGCACUUAGCCAAGUUUGUGUGCAACAUAUGCAACAGGGAAUUAAAGGUACGAUUCACUCUCAAGAUCCCCAAA